UCUCUCACCAUUGGCGCACGGCAGUCUCGCGGGUCCAGUUGGCGGGCUAAGUCGCUCCACUCGAAAAACGCGGGAAAAAUCAGUGCAGUGACCUUUAAUUAAAAAUAAUUUUGUGGUACAAAAUAUAUAAUUUAAAACAAUAAAUAUGUCGCCCAAAGGAGAAGAAUGCGAUAACGAAGCCCUAAAAACGGAAGAAGCUGAGGGCGAGGGCAAAGAGAGCGGGGCGCUCGAAGCCAAGAUGUCUCUGCUGAACGGCAUCACGGUUAUCGUGGGCUCCAUCAUCGGCAGCGGCAUCUUCGUGUCUCCAACCGGCGUGCUCAAGUACACUGGAUCCGUGAACGCUAGCUUGCUAGUUUGGGUCGCCUCUGGGGUCUUCAGUAUGAUAGGCGCAUAUUGUUAUGCAGAACUUGGCACGAUGAUCCGUCUGAGUGGCGCUGACUACGCGUAUAUCAUGGAGACCUUCGGUCCCUUCGCUGCCUUCAUCAGACUCUGGAUUGAGUGUAUGAUCGUCAGGCCUUGCUCGCAGGCUAUCGUGGCUCUGACGUUCAGUGUGUACGUCCUGAAGCCUUUGUUCCCGGAGUGCGAUCCUCCUGAAGAUGCGACUCGUUUGCUGGCUGCCUGCUGUAUAUUGCUGUUAACUUUCGUGAACUGCUGGUCCGUCCGCGCGGCCACCAUGGUGCAGGACUGGUUCACGUACGCCAAGUUGCUCGCCCUGUUCAUUAUCAUAGCUGCGGGUAUCUACCAGUUAAGCAGAGGUAAAGUGGAGCACUUCACGUUCGAAGGGACCACGAGUGAUGUGACGUCUAUAGCUCUCUCCUUCUACUCUGGACUGUUUGCAUACAACGGAUGGAACUACUUGAACUUCAUCAUCGAGGAGCUGAAGGACCCCGUGAAGAACCUGCCAAGAGCGAUCGCGAUCUCCUGCACCCUAGUCACCGUGGUGUAUACUUUCACGAACGUCGCAUUUUACACCACUCUGUCUCCCACUGAGGUGUUGGGAUCAGCAGCGGUGGCCGUAACGUUCGCCGAGCGCCUGUUCGGUUGGUUUGCGCUCUCCAUCCCGCUGUUCGUGGCCGCCUCCACGUUCGGGGCCGUCAACGGCGUGCUGCUUACUUCUUCCAGGCUGUUCUACGCGGGCGCGGCGCAGGGCCAGCUGCCGGCGAUGCUGACGAUGGUGACGCCGCGCGCGACGCCCGCGCCCGCGGUGCUGGCCGUGGCGCUGCUGUCGCUGCUCUACCUCACCGUGUCCGACAUCUACGCGCUCAUCAACUACGUGGGUUUUGCUACUUGGUUAAGUAUCGGAGCAGCAGUAGUGUGCCUCCCCGUGCUUCGGUAUACACAGCCCAACCUUGAGAGGCCCAUCAAGGUCAAUCUCUUCUUCCCAGCGAUCUACAUAAUCUGCACGAUCCUGGUGGUGGCGGUGCCGGCCGUGGCGUCGCCCGCCGAGACCGGCGUCGGCUGCCUCAUGAUCCUCACCGCCGUGCCCGUCUACCUCGUGCUGCUGCAGCCCCGGACCAGGAUACGAGGGCUCGACAGCAUUACCAAUGUUGCCACACAUUUAGUCCAAAAAUUAACGAUGGCGGUACGACCAAAAAUGAAGUAAUCGAAGCUGGCCUAAUUUGGACUCAACAUAUCGGACCGCGACUCUACACAUUAAUAUAUGUAUUAUGAUUGUUUAUAAUAAUGUAUACAAUUACUAAUUGUCUGUAAUUAAUGGGCAUUUAAGAGGCUGAAUGCGUAAAUAAAACAUGUUUAUUUUAACAUUUAUGUGUGUGUGUAUAAGGAUACAUACUGGCUUCAUUUAACAGUUUUAUAUUAUUUUCUAGGUUAUUAAAAACAUAAUAUUAACAGUUGUUUUAUAUUAUUUUCUAGAUUAACAUAAUAUUAUUAUGUUUAUAACACCAAAGAAAAGACACUCAAUAUGAUUAUCUAUGAUUGAGAAAUACUAUGUAAAACAAAAUUUGACCAAACGCAAAGCAACGUGUUCUGAAAUGAUUAUAGGAAAGUAAUGUAAUUAUCUGUAGCUGAAGAAUAAUUAUAUCUAUUGAUUCGCGUUUUUAAACCAAUAAAAGUGGUAUGAUUUAAUACAAAAUGUGGGCCCAUUGUGUUUGUUUUGAAAAAGAAUAUUUGUAACACGUUGGGCGCCAGUUUUAAGAAAACAUUGAAACGUAGAUUUGUAACAGGUUAUUAAAAUGAUUAAAAUAAUAUUAAUAAUGUUGUUGACUGUUGUUGUCUAUGUAUUCGUAAGCUAAAAACGAAUAUUCAAUGUAACAUUAUUGCUUUCAAAUAUAGAAUUAUAGUAAAAAAAAUGGAAAUCAAACAUGUGUUAACGAAAGUAGGGACAUAGCAGUGUUGUAUUUUAUAUUUUUAGUUUUAAACAUGUAUGUAUAGGAUGUUGACUAAAAUCAAUCUUAAUAAUUGGGAAAACAAUGAUUGUUUCGGUUUUAACUUCAUUUUAUACUCUUCUAACAUAGCCGGAAGGCAUGACAUUAAAUUGUGAUUUUAUAUUUACGUACAUUUAUCUAAAAAACCAUACUUUUAGACAUGUUUGAUACGUUGUGUAUUUAAACGGGGAAGUCCCGUUUUGAUGUAUUGCAUUUAAGUCUAGUUUAGGUUUAAUUUUAAUCUGAAACGUGUGACUGUUCGCUAAUCGCUAGUUAUAUUCGUAACUCGUAAGAUUUAGCUCAAAGCAUGUAUUUAUUUAUACGAAUUUUAUAUGUCUAGUCUAAGCUAAUUAUAAACGACAUGCUUUUACACAUAAUUAUAUCUACAUUUUUUUUCUCACUUUUGUUUCUGAAUCUCAUAUCGAAUAAAAAAUCUAUACAAUUUUUUUUAUUAACUUUUUAUAUAAAUUUGAAUUCAAAUGUAGGUAUUGAAAUAAAUCCAAUGAUGACAAUACGUGACAUGAUCAUGUACUUUUUAUAUAUAGGUACCUAUAUAAAGUUAUGUAUAUUGCGGGUAUACACAAUGCCUAUAAUGCAGUGUGAAAAUAAAUUGAAUUACAGUUAGUAGAAUAAUGUAAAUGAAUAACCAAACGGAUAUUACCAUUUUCUUUCUGUUUAUAAUAAAUUGUCAUUUUAAUUUUUAAAGUGUAUUAUAAUUAAAAUAUAAACUUAUUGAAUAAAUUCAUUCAUAUGCUUAGUCCCAGAAAAAAAUUACAUAAUUUUAUAUUAAUCUACAGUCUCUCCAAAAAGUGAAGAAAACGGAUUUUUGACAAACUAUAUUGCAAUACCAAAUUAUUGAUUGAUUGAUAAACACCCAGUGUUGCCAACAGUCAACGCCUUCAUUUUAUUUCUUCGCUUUUUGGAUAGACUGUAAAUGUUUCGUGUUUACGUGUUUCUUUAACUCAUGAUUAUUCUGGUCUAGAUAUUAGAAACCUUAGACUUUUUACUCCGUAACUUUUGUGUAAUUUAUAUUUUUUUAUGGAUGACGUCAUCGCGGCUGUGCUUUGCUAAUGCAUUCCAAAGACAGCUAUUUAACAGUUAUAUACGUUAGGUUAAGAUUUUAUACAAACAUUGGCUUUUGAUAGAUUAAUUUAAUUUUAAUUUUUGUAUAUUUUAAAUGAAAAAUCAUACUUGGACAUUCCAAAAAUAUAUCUUAAAAUUUAAUGUAUUUAAAGGAGUAGAUUUAUAUUUAGAUUUAUUAUUAUUCAAGCAUGUAAUUUUUCAACAUUUAGGUAACUAUUUCGUGAUUGUAUUCAAAGUGGUGCGAUUUUUAGACACAUUUACGUACACGGCGACUCAAAUAUUGUGUCACCAUAACUUUAUCAAUAUCAUAAAAUUCAGAAGUUAUUUUGUUUUAUGCUCAUCUCUUAGUACAACUUGGUUGGUAUCAUAAUAUUUCGUGUAUAUCUUUAGAAUAGGAUAAUAAAAUAAAGUUUUAUUGUGGCGUAUAACAAUUUUAUGGUGUCGAUGUUUCCGUUAUAUGCUGUUGUCUUUUGGACACAAUAUGACAAUAAUAAAUUAUUAAAAGAUA